UUAGGCUCGUUCACAGAUUCGUGCGAUGGCUACUUCUGCCACCGACUACAUCGUGGGUAUUGAUUUGGGUACUACUACUUCUUGCGUCGCUAUCAUGGAAGGUUCAAAUACGCGUGUUAUUGAGAACUCGGAGGGUGCCAGAACCACUCCUUCGGUUGUCGCUUUCUUAGAUAAUGGAGAUCGUGUCGUCGGUAUGGCCGCUAAGCGCCAGGCUGUGACGAACCCCAAGAACACCAUCUACGCUGCGAAGCGUUUGAUUGGUCGUUCCUACGACGAUCCCGAAGUGGCCAAGAUCAAAAAGCUGGUCCCCUACGAGAUCAUUAAGGGCGACAACGGAGAUGCCUGGGUGUCUGCGCGUGGCCAGAAGAUGUCUCCCUCGCAGAUCGGUUCCAUGGUGCUGACAAAGAUGAAGGAGACCGCGGAGAGCUUCCUGGGCUCCCCUGUGAAGAAGGCUGUGAUCACUGUGCCUGCCUACUUCAACGACUCGCAGCGUCAGGCUACGAAGGACGCUGGACGCAUUGCCGGUCUGGAUGUGCAGCGAAUCAUCAACGAGCCCACGGCCGCUUCGUUGGCUUACGGCUUGGACAAGAAGGACGGUCAGGUGAUCGCCAUUUACGAUCUCGGAGGCGGUACCUUCGAUAUUUCCCUCCUGGAGAUCAGCGGAGGUGUGUUCGAGGUGAAGGCCACCAACGGAGAUACCUUGCUGGGAGGAGAGGAUUUCGAUGAGGCGCUUCUGCAGCACCUGGUGAAGACCUUCAAGGCCGAGCAGGGUCUGGAUCUCUCCAAGGACCCCAUGGCCAUGCAGCGUCUGCGUGAGGCCGCCGAGAAGGCGAAGCGCGAGCUGGAUCACCUGAAGGAGACGGAGAUCAACCUUCCGUACAUCACGGCCGACGCCUCGGGCCCGAAGCACAUGCAGAUCAAGAUCUCGCGCGCGCAGUUCGAGAACCUGGUGGAGAACCUGGUGCAGCGCACGGUGGUGCCCUGCCAGAAGUGUCUGAAGGACGCGGGUCUGAGCAAGACGGACAUCAACGAGGUGGUGCUGGUGGGAGGAAUGUCCCGAAUGCCCCGUGUGCAGCAGAUGGUGCAGGAGUUCUUCGGCAAGGCCCCCAACAAGUCGGUGAACCCGGAUGAAGUGGUCGCUAUGGGAGCUGCCAUCCAGGGCGGAGUGCUGAAGGGAGACGUGAAGGAUAUUCUGCUGCUGGAUGUGACCCCGCUGUCGCUGGGUAUCGAGACGCUGGGAGGUGUGUUCACCCGUCUGAUCAACCGCAACACCACGAUUCCCUCGAAGAAGAGCCAGGUGUUCUCGACCGCUGCGGAUAACCAGACCGAGGUGACGGUGAAGGUGCUGCAGGGAGAGCGUGAGAUGGCCGCGGACAACAAGCUGCUGGGCGAGUUCAACCUGGUGGGCAUUCCGCCCGCUCCUCGUGGCGUGCCGCAGAUCGAGGUGUCGUUCGAUAUUGAUGCGAACGGUAUCGUGAACGUGUCUGCGCGCGAUAAGGGAACCGGCAAGGAGCAGUCCAUCGUGAUUCAGUCGUCGGGCGGCCUCUCGGAGGAGGAGAUCCAGAACAUGAUUCGCGAGUCGGAGAGCUUCGCGGACGCCGAUAAGAAGAAGAAGGAGAUUAUCGAGACUCGCAACGAGAGCGACAAUCUGAUCUACAACACGGAGAAGCAGCUGAAGGAGUACGGAAAGAAGCUGGACGAUGCCACCAAGCAGAACAUCCAGAAGGCGCUGGAUGAGCUGCGCGCCUCGACGCAGGGAGACGAUAUGGAGGCGAUGAAGGCCAAGCUGGAGGAGGCCAAGAAGCAGGUCAUGAGCAUUGGAGAGCAGUUGUACAAGAACAAGGGACCCGAGGCUGCGGCUGGAGCGGAUGCUUCUGCGAACGCCGGCGCGGAGAACAAGAAGGAGGACGUGGUGGACGCUGAGUUCACUGAGAAGCAUUAAUCAUUAUUAUCACCAUCAUCAUCGUGGGUUUGUUGUCUGUGGAUAAGAAAGAUCAUAUUGUUUAGCU